AAAACUUUACGAUCAUUUGCCGGGGAAACCUGUGCAUUUGUUUUGUGUUAUGGUAAAAUAGCGUAACAAAAUUAGACGGAACAUUCACAAUGUUUUUGUGGUUCGCGGAAAUGUUAGCUUAAAGUGAUCGAUACCUUAUAUUGCGUGAGGACAGAAUCAAUGAAACUGACGAAUUAAACGUUAGCGUGAAGUGUUAAAACGUUUAAAUAUGGAGGACGACGCACCUGUUAUUUAUGGCCUUGAAUUUCAGGCUCGUGCUUUAACAGCCCAGACAGCAGAAACAGAUGCAAUUCGCUUUCUAGUUGGUACUCAGUCUCUUAAAUUUGACAAUCAGAUUCACAUCAUUGACUUUGAUGAUGAAAAUAAUAUCAUUAAUAAGAAUGUUCUCCUCCACCAAGUUGGAGAAAUAUGGCAUAUAAGCACAAGUCCUGCAGAUAAAAGUGUGUUGUCAACCUGUUACAACAAAACUUCAGACAGUAAAGUGGUAACAUGUGCAGCUGUGUGGAGGAUGCCGAAGGAAUUGGAAUCAGGCAGUCAUGAAUCCCCUGAUGAUUCAUCAAGCAACCCACAGACCCUAGAGCUGCUCUGUCACCUUGACAACACAGCCCACGGCAAUAUGGCCUGUGUUCUCUGGGAACCCAUGGGUGAUGGCAAAAGGUUGAUUUCACUAGCAGAUAAUCAUCUUUUGCUUUGGGACUUGCAGGAAAACUGCACCAAGGCUACGAUUUCAAGCUCUGCUACACUGGAGGGCAAAGGUCAGCUGAAGUUUACGUCUGGCAGAUGGAGCCCCCAUCACAACUGCACGCAAGUUGCCACAGCCAAUGACACAGCCAUCCGGGGCUGGGACAUUAGGAGCAUGAGUCAGAUGUAUUGUAUAGAAAAUGCUCAUGGCCAACUGGUGAGAGACUUGGACUUCAAUCCGAAUAAGCAGUACUAUCUGGCCAGCUGUGGUGAUGACUGCAAGGUCAAGUUCUGGGACGUCAGGAACAUCAGUGAGCCUGUCAAGAGCCUGGAAGAGCACUCCCACUGGGUGUGGAGUGUAAGGUACAACCACUCUCACGAUCAGCUGGUAUUGACAGGCAGCAGUGACAGCAGGGUCAUUCUUUCCAACAUGGUGUCCAUUUCUUCAGAACCCUUCGGUCAUCUAGUGGAUGAAGACGACCUGAGUGACCCAGAGGACAACCACCAGGAGGAGAAGAGUAAAGAACCACUCCAGGACAGCAUAAUAGCUACCUAUGAAGAGCAUGAAGACAGUGUCUAUGCAGUUGAGUGGUCAUCUGCAGACCCCUGGCUGUUUGCUUCAUUGAGCUAUGAUGGGAGGCUUGUAAUAAACAGAGUGCCGAGAGCUCUGAAAUAUCGCAUUUUGUUGUAAAACCCUGAAGAAAGAAUUAUAAUAAAUUUCCUCCAAGUCUUCUGAUGUACAAUAUGUAAGAUAUUGCUGAUCUUAAAAUCUUAGGGAACAUGGGAAUAAUAUAUUGCAUAUCAGUGGAAAUUCUUAUAUGCGCAUACAGUACAUAUAACAUUAGUUACGUUUUUCAGUGUGUUAACCUGUUUCUUUUGGUGUUACCAUCAUUAUAUUGGGUGAACUGUUGCUGAGACUGUCUAAUUUUGUGAUCAAGUCAUUGAAGAACGGCUUCUGCAUGCCUCAUGUGAGCAGCCAAGUAUUCUGUCAUAAAAUAGUAACAGAAGAAAAGAGAUAUUUUGAUGUUCUAAUUAUGCCUUUAUAUUUUUACCUGUGUAUUAUGGGGAAACUAAUUUUUUAUGAGUGUACUACUUGGAAGUUUAAAUGUUUAAAACAUAGGGUAACAUCUACUUUAAAAAUUACAAUCAUUUUAAAGGUUCUAAUACAGUUGAACAACUCCUUAUUUCUGUUUAUUGUUUUUAACUUUACUGAAAUGCGAAAGUAUAUGCAAACAACAGAAUUUCCUGAUCAGGACAGAUAUCACAUUCAAAUUUGGCCUAUACAAACAAAUAAUGUAAACAGUGACAAAUCAUGGUGAAUUUUGAUCCAGAAAACCCAACCUAUUUUCAUGAGAACCCUGGUUAAUAAUUGGAAUUUAGAGGACAUUGAAGGACAUGAAUCAUUUCCCAAAACAAUAUAUUCAAGGUUUUAAAGUUGAAAAGAUAUGUCAGAUAGUCUUAAAAAAUCGUUUUGCUUCUAUGUUUACUGCAGAUAGGUUUAAAUGCCUUAAAUGUAAAAACGGAAGGAUGAAUUAAUAAAACAAGCCAGGCUACUUUUUUCAUCCAAG